CCCACAAGCUAUAAACUUGGACUCCAUGUAAUCCGAUUCCUUAUUAAUAUCCAAAACUACAAUCCCCAAGCGCAACGGGAGGUAUAUGAGCUUUUUGCCAAAGAAACCUCCGAAACACCAGAAUUCAGAAACUCAUUUUUCAUGUUUGAGGGCUAUCCCCCUUCUGGAGUCAAGGCCAUUCCUAGUGAGUCCACUGCCUUUCCACAUCGAGAUGAUAAUAUCCUCAUCGCUCCUGUGAUUGUCUACGAUAACAAAGCAAAGAAUCCAGAACUAGAUGCGAAGGCAAUCGCUUUUAGAGAGAAAUUGCGUCAGAUUUUAUUCGCAGCCAGCGACCAGACAGAAUUACACGCGUACACUAACUACGCAGCUGGAGGUGAUAAAAAGGAGAAUUGGUACGGGUUUGAACCGUGGAGACUGCAGAAAUUGGAAGCCCUCAAAAAGAAGUAUGACCCGGAAGGCAAGUUCAACUACUACGCCUCUUGGUUUCCUCGUGUAGACCAAAUAUUGGAUCCUUCUCGGAGCGUCACUUUCAUGUAUGCGAUGUACUUCAAACAGGCAGCAUAA